GGGGGAGACGUCUGAGGGAACUGGGAAUCGCCGGCGAUGCUCUGCGCCGCGCGACUGGGCGCGCUGCUGGCGGUGCUGGCUCUCUGGGUCGGGGACCAGGCCAGGGCUGCGGCAAGGGAAGAUAAGUUCUCGGCGCUGACCAGCGUGGCGCGCGCCCUGGCGCCCGAGCGCCGGCUGCUGGCAUUGCUGCGGAGCUACCUGCUUGGGGAGGAGGCGCGGCUGCGAGACCUGACCAGAUUCUAUGACAAGGUACUUUCCUUGCAUGAAGAUUCAGCAACCCCUGUGGCUAACCCUCUGCUUGCCUUCACUCUCAUCAAACGCCUUCAGUCUGACUGGAGGAAUGUGGUACAUAGUCUAGAGGCCAGUGAGAACAUCCAAGCUCUGAAGGAUGGUUAUGAGAAAGUGGAACAAGAACUUCCAGCCUUUGAGGACCUGGAGGGUGCAGCACGGGCCCUGAUGAGGCUGCAGGAUGUAUACAUGCUCAAUGUGAAGGGUCUUGCCCAGGGUGUCUUUCAGAGAGUCACCGGCUCUGCUGUCACUGACCUAUACAGUCCUAGGCAGCUCUUCUCUCUUACAGCGGACGACUGCUUCCAAGUAGGCAAGGUGGCCUAUGACAUGGGAGAUUAUUACCAUGCCAUUCCAUGGCUGGAGGAGGCAGUCAGUCUCUUCAGAGGAUCUUAUGGAGAGUGGAAGACAGAGGAUGAGGCAAGUCUAGAAGAUGCCUUGGAUCAUUUGGCCUUUGCUUGUUUCCAGGCAGGAAAUGUUUCAUGUGCUCUCAGCCUCUCCCGAGAGUUUCUUCUCUACAGCCCAGAAAAUAAGAGGAUGGUCAGGAAUGUGUUGAAGUAUGAAAGGCUCUUGGCAGAGAACCCUCACCAAGCAGUAGCUGAGACUGUCAUCCAGAGGCCCAACGUGCCCCACCUGCAGACCAGAGACACGUAUGAGGGAUUGUGUCAGACCCUGGGUUCUCAGCCCAUUCACUACCAGAUCCCUGGCCUCUAUUGCUCCUAUGAGACCAAUUCCAGCCCCUAUCUGCUGCUUCAGCCAGUUCGGAAGGAGGUCAUUCACCUGGAACCCUAUGUUGCUCUCUACCAUGACUUUGUCAGUGACCCAGAAGCUCAGAAGAUUCGAAAGCUUGCAGAACCAUGGCUCCAGAGAUCAGUGGUGGCGUCAGGGGAAAAGCAAUUACAAGUGGAGUACCGCAUCAGCAAAAGUGCCUGGCUGAAGGACACCGCUGAUCCAGUGCUGGUGACUCUUGACCACCGCAUCGCUGCCCUCACAGGCCUUGAUGUCCAGCAUCCUUAUGCAGAGUAUCUCCAGGUGGUGAACUAUGGAAUUGGAGGCCACUAUGAACCUCACUUCGACCAUGCCACGUCGCCAAGCAGCCCCUUGUACAGAAUGAAGUCUGGGAACCGAGUUGCAACAUUUAUGAUCUAUCUGAGCUCAGUGGAAGCUGGAGGAGCCACGGCCUUCAUCUAUGCCAACUUCAGUGUGCCUGUGGUUAAGAAUGCAGCACUGUUUUGGUGGAACCUGCACAGGAGUGGUGAGGGAGAUGGUGACACACUUCAUGCUGGCUGUCCUGUCCUGGUGGGAGAUAAGUGGGGCAUGCUUCUGCACCUGUUACACGCUUUCAUUCAAGGAUGCUGGAGUCUCCUUGAUUCAAGGGUCCUCAGUUCAUUUGUGCUCAUCUGUAGGCUCUGCAAGGACACUAUGACAGCCAGCGCAGAGCAGGUGCUCUUUAAAGAUCUGGUAAGUGAAUAUAUGAAUGGCCCUUUCUCUGUUGGGGUGUAGUAGAUGCUCAGACAACUUGGGAUCAGAGGACAAAAAUGCUGCCACCCUAGCAUGGCUGUGGACAAGCCAUUUCACAUCUCUCAGCCUCAGCUUUCUUGCCUUUAAAUCGGUGACAAUGCCCAUACUUGCUGGACAUGUAGAAAAAGGAUGAAUGGAGAUAUAAGUGCUUAGCACAGUACUUGAUGCUCAAGGAAUGCUGGGCGUGGUGGCCCACACCUGCAAUCCCAGCACUUGGGAGGCUGAGGCAGGAGGAUCACCAUGAAUUCAAGGCCAGCCUGGAUUACAUAAGUGAGUUCAAGGACAGCCUGAACUACAUAGUAAAAAAAACCAAAACUUGUCUCAAAACAAAAAGAUCAAGGAACAUUUCAUUGUCAGACUCCAGUCAUCAAACCUAAAAAGGUCUCAUUUUCCUAUCACACCUCGUCCUGCUGUUUUAAGUGAAGUAUCUGGGUCCAAGUGAUUUCUGUCCAGGAUCUCUCAUAUCAUUCAGGAGGCAGCGUUACAUAGAAACAACCUAGGUUUGAAUUCUGGCACUGUCACUUCUAAUGUGUGUGAAUUUGGAUGUUUCUACCUGUAAAAUAAAUAUAGUAGUACUUGUUUCAUAGCAUUGAUCUGAGGAUUAAAUGAUUUGUGUCAAGUAAAUUAUAUGAUGCUAAAAAUUUGGUAAUUAUUUCAUCUUGCCUGGCCAACAAAAGUAGCUGAAAUGAGUGUCCCUGAAAACCACACAAGUGACCAUGCUGCCCCACUGUGGACAUAAGGGCAUACAGCUCAGUGGAGGCACCCCCAGAAGAUUGGUGGGAGAAAUCAGAUCACACAGAAGGCAGGCCCUUCUCUCCUCUGGUAGACAGCUCAUGCUUUACCUGGAAAUAUUAGGUGAGUUGGGCCAGGGAUUUAGCUCAGUGGUUCCACUGCCUGCCUCACAAGUGCAAGGACCCGAUUCGAAAAGAAAUAUUAGGUGAACAUCUAAACCUGAACUUCUCCAACAUCAAUGCACUUAUUAAAAUGCAGAUCAGUACUGACUCAACAGGUC